AUGGAAAAAAAUACUAUAUCUGAGAAUGAUGUCGAAUUUUGCAAAGAGGUUAUUGCUUCCAAGCUUUUUGAAACCAAGAAAAGGUCGGCAGAAAGAGCUCAGGUAUGGGAAGCUAUUGCAAAAAAAAUGGAAAAAGUGGAAUAUCCUAAAUUCAAGGUGGAGCAACGUUCUGUCAGAGACAGAUUGAAAAAACUAAUCAAACAGUUUCGGAAAGAGGAAAACGAUGAAAGACGAGCCAGUGGAAUUUCACCUGAAUUAACAGAAUUGGACACACUGCUGGAGGCGAUAAGUGAAAAAGAGGAAGCAUCAGAAACCUUGGCUGCAGAUAUGGGAGAAAGGGAAAAGAGGCGUUUGGAAGAAGAUCACAUGGCAGGACAAGAGAUGCGAAAAAGAGCCAUGGAAACUUUAUCCGAGACCCAGAAAAGAAAUACAAAAAUAGAUCAAGAUAGUCCCAAACGCAAAGUCAGAAAGGGUG